AUGGAGCCGCCUUUGGCUUCGCAUCUCGGUCGAUCUCGGUUGACUCGAAAUUAUACUCUGGAUGACGAGUUUGAAAGCACCGUACCACCGAGCAGAGCAGCCACAGUUAAUGACGCUGGAUGGAUGACUCCCGCCAGACGUCCGUCCGACAUCAGAUCAAACUCAGUCAUGUCAUAUGACGGUAGAGUCAGCAACAUCAAUCCUGACUCUCAAGGAUCACUGAGUCCUCAGAGAGAUGAAUCCUCUCGACACGUGCGGUCCUUGAAUAUUCAAGCAACGAGGACCGGUCAACCCCAUGCCGAGCAACCAAAUCUAGAUGAACUAGGCAAAUUGGUUUUCGACCUGGAGACUGUCAGUGAACGGAGCUCGUAUGACCAUUCCACAAGGUCGUUUUCUCGGGCAUCACAUACCACGGCACCGACCUCGACAUCAGGCUACAAGCUGGUAGACUUUUUCGCCGAGGAUGUCUUCCAGCUCGCCAUCCACAACCCUGCCACGUUUCAUCGGUUGUUGGUGUUCAGUCGGUCUCGGCUGUGCGAUGAAAACUUGGAGUUUCUGGAUAAAGUGGACAAGUACAAUGCCCUGCUGAACCAAGUGGCCGACAGCAUGUUCGCCAUCCACCGAGACUACAUCUCGGUCAAUGCAGCCACCCAGAUCAACAUCCCGGAAAAAAUACUGAUCAAAGUCAAUAAAGAUAUGAGGUGUGGUCUGACAUCGACCCUCCCGCAGCUCGAGUCUGUUUUCGUCCAUGCGCAGAUUGACAUUGAACGGCUUGUAGCCAUGGACAUCUACCCACGAUUUGUCCGGUAUCAGAUGACUUUGGAUGCCACCAAGGCUCUGGCCACCGAUCGAGGGAGAUAUGCCGGACUUGGGGAUUGUUUCGUCCUGACCAAUCCCACGAAAGCGGACAACCCGAUCGUGUACGCCUCAGACGGCUUCGUAAAGGUGACAGGCUACCUCCGCAAUGAGAUCAUCCCGCGCAACUGUCGUUUCUUGCAGUGCCGCCAUACCGACAGGUCCGCGGUAGCACGGAUGCGUGCCGCCAUCGAUUCUCAACAAGAGUCCGUCGAGCUCCUACUCAACCAGAAGAAGUCGGGCGAGCCAUUCUGGAAUUUGUUGUACACGACACCACUGUUCGACGCAAAUGAUAAUCUGGCCUUCUUCCUCGGUGGACAAGUCAAUUGUUCGACGACAAUCCACAACGCCUCUGAUGUGUUGCGGAUUCUGGCCAUGUCUGAUGGCGAAGAAGGGGAGAAUGCUGACGAUCCCAUCGUAUCGCCUGAACCAGUCAAGCUCCCGUCCCGCACGAGCAGGUUCUUUUCUUCUUUCAAGACGAAGCCUUCCGUUCAGUCAUAUCGCCAACCAGGAAUGGAAGAGGAGGUCCUGAAGCAGAUGGACAAGAACAACUUGAGGAAGCAGAUCGAUACCUUUUAUACCGCCUACUCAAAGUUUCUCGUCGUCAACUAUUCAACAUUCUAUAUCAGCUUCCACUCCGCCGGCAUCAGAUCGCUCCUCUACCCUGCCAAGCCCGCGUCGACCUCGUUGACAUCCAAGUUGAGCAAUACAACAGUUUACACGCCCCAGAUUGUCGGCGUGGACGUCUUUCGCUUCCUUUCCACCCAUACCCCGAACAAAUUGGGCGGAGACUUCAAGGCGCAGGUCCGCACGGCCGUGCGUGGCGGAAACCCCAUCUCGCUCGACCUCACACUCUGCACGCGGAGGUUUAUGGGGUAUGAGAAGUUCACUGUACAUUGGACACCGCUCAAGAAUGAGAUUGGGGAUGUUGGGUUUAUUGUCGUUACUUUGGGAGGUCUUCCGGAUUGA